AUAUAAACAGUAUAUCACAAGAUUUAGAACAACUCAUCAAACAAAAAGAAGAGCAAGGCGACACAGGGUAGUUUUAAUAACUGUUGGAAAUGUUCAAUCCAGAGCGCUAUGACGAUAUCAAAUGGGGUUUGCCGGGCUGGAGAAUUGAACAAAGAUACGCUACAGAUGUUCUUAUCGGUAAUUGGAACGAGGAGCGCAGAAAUUUUGAAAGAGGCGGAUCCCAUUUCAAUAGUACACAGAAAACAGACUUCAAGAACUAUGGAAAGCAACUACCAGAUGUGAAAACAAGGCGGCAAGCUCUACUGAAACAUGAUGGUCUAGCUAAGGCAUACUUGUUUUCACACCAUGGAAAAACAUAUUCUGGACACAGAAUAUCCUGGUAUGACCAGGAAUAUAAUAAACGUGAAGUCACAGAAUCACAGCUACCCCCACUCCGGAGCUGGAAUAGCCAACAACUUGCUUGGGGACCAGAGAAGUCAGACUUCCCAUUGGAAGGUAGACCAACAAACUAUGGAUUAUUAGAAAAAAAGCAAGAAAAAUGGAGAAGGGAAGCAGAGGCCGAAAAUAUGUCAAUAUACCAUACCACAAAGGAGCUUUCAUAUGUACCACAUGCCCGGAAAGCCUUCACCUACCGACAUCAUGCCACACCUAGGUUUAUCUCAAGCCACUUCCACCCUCAUAGAGUGAACAAGGACCUACAUUUACGGAGCAAGCCAUAUAACACUGCAUGUGAAUACCCCCCACUUUUGGCUUCUGCCACAAUUUAACUUAAUAAAAUGAUAAUAUUGCUUAUUGAAGAUGCAUAUUUUUAUUUUUUAUUUUUUAGUUAGAAAUGAACAAACUUGCUAGCUGUUUGCAGUAGUGAUAUUCUUAUGUAUGUAUUUUAUAAAUAUUUCACAGUUAUAAAAAAAGGAAUUUGAAAAUAACAUUUGUGUAAUUAGUGUCUACCCUGAAAAAAAAGCUGUCUACUGCAACUUUGGUUGAAAUAAUAAUUCUAAAAAAUAUUUAAAAGUACUAGAAUUUCAUUAUAGUUUGAGUCAAAGUUGACCUCUUGGUCAACACCAGGAUAAAGUAAUUUCAUAGCCUGCAUUCCUUCACCUCACACACCAAGCCUACAUGCACAUUGCUACAUGAUUUUUAAUAUUCAAAAACAUGUUUGAGAGUGGGCUAGUAAUCUCAGUGCUUGAUUUGUAUCAAAUAUAUGAGCAAAUAAGCAUAGAAUGCAACUAAUCAAACAGAAAGGGGGCCUCUCCAUAAAAGUAGACAGGGAGGAUCCUCCUAUAUUUUUGUCAAUAAAAUUCUCCAAGCUCCUCCCCUUUAGGGGUGUUAAGAUUCUGCAAUCCCAAAGGGAUGAAUGUAUGAAAUACAUGAGAAUACUAUAAAAGGACAAUAAACAUAUGUUCUAAA